AUGGAUCUAAAUCAAGGCAUAAGAGGAGGUUUAUCACUUUUCACAGAGGGACAGUAGUUUACCUAAUCACACUCUAGAAGUUUCGGAAGCCAUGAUACUGUAUAACAUUCAGGAUCAAUUUAUGGUGCUUUUAUUGGUGAUGCAGCUGGUGCUUUCGUUGAGUUUUAGUUACAUAUAAAUGAAAAUGAAGUUAACGAGGCAAUGAAACUUAAUGGUGGUGGAACUUUCAAUACAGGACCUGGGCAAAUAACUGAUGAUUCAGAAAUGGCUGUUAGUCUUUUCAGAGGUUUAGGUAAUUCAAUAAUUAUUUAGAAUGAUUUUAUAGUAAAUGGCUCUGGUCUUUAGGACCUUGACUAAAUAGCUUAGAAUUAUCUAGAUUGGGCACAUUCUAAUCCUUUUGAUAUUGGAAUGACUACUAGAACGGCUCUUAGCCCAUUAACGUAAAACGUUGAAGGUAUAUACUAGCAAGUUUAAAAGCGUACCUUGUAUUCUCAGAGUAAUGGUACUCUAAUGAGAAUCACACCUUUGGCUGUCUGGGGAUCUCAACUUAAUUCUAUUGAUGAUUUAUACAGAGCUGUGCAUUUUGAAGGAUAAAUGACUCAUUGUGAUAAAAUAGUUAUAGAUACAGCUUUCCUUUAUUGCUAUGCGAUUAGACUGGCUCUGAAUGGAGAGUCUGACAGGAAAGUUAUAUUUGAAACCAUCAGAGAUGAAGCAAAGAAAAGGCAACUUAAAUUAGUAGAUGAGUGGCUAAAUGAAGCUUAGAAUGAUUUCUUUCCAAACCCUUGCUAAAAAGGUUAUGAUCAUUAAAGUGCUCUGAGAAAAAUGAUAAUUGAAGGUGGAGAUACUGAUACUAAUGCUGCUAUUGUUGGAGGAUUAAUUGGCGCAUGCUAAGGAGCACAAAAUCUGAAUUAAGAUUAAAUUCAAAAGUAUUAUGAGACCUGA